AUGUGGAUCUCUUCAAGACCUCGAACGGGAAUCAGGGUGGACGGACAAUCGAUAGAACACGUCGAUGAGUUCUGUUACUCGGGCUGUACGCCGAAGAACAACAGUAGCUACGAGAAAGAUGUUCAAAAGAGAUAUCCUAAGGCCACUUCUGCAUUUAACUCCUUAACGAAAUGCCUGUGGUCGACCCCCAUCACCAACGAAAUCAAGCUGCGAGUCUACCUACUCCUUGAUUGCGCGGAACGAAAGCUGCUUAGACGGCUACUUGACUACUUUUGGCCUAGGGUAUGCCGCAAUGAAGAUCUUGACGCAAAAAUUGAUGUGGUAUACCGGCGGAUGACACGUGGAAGAUAA